GAAAUCCGAAGGCUCUUCAAAGCCACGCUGAAGUAACAACAGGUCAGGUAAUAACUGGAGAGGAAAACCAACCCAGCCAGGAGUUCUGAGAGUCAUCAGUCUUCCUCGAGCUCUGGCCGUCCAGCAGAGGUGCAGGAUGGCACCUGGCCAGGGCUGUCCCUGGCACCACGCCGGUCCCAGCCCCCUGUGCCCUGUCCCGGCGGCUCUGCAGGGGCUUUGCUGCGUGUCCCAGAGCUGCUGUGCCUGGCUCCCCAGCGAGAGCCAGCGCUGGCUGGGGGCACUGUCCUGCCCUCGCUCUGCCGUGCUCCAGCCUCCGCUCCCGGCCUCCAGCUCCCCUCGGCAGCCGGAGGAGCUGCGCUGACACCGUCAGCCAAGGGCGGUGCUGCUUUCCCAGCCUCGCCAAAAGGUGAGCUGCGGGAUGCCGGGGAUGCCGAGCAAGUCAGAGUACGAACAGCCUGGGGUCAGGUGAGUGCCCGAGGCAGGCCGGGCAGCGAGGACAAACCCCGGCAGGGCAGCAGCUGCUGCUGAGAACUGUGCGCAGGAACGGAAAAAUUAAGCAGAUUUCUGUAAGUGCCAAGCCCGGUUCUUAACCGCCGUGUGAGCACAGGCACACCGAGAGCCUGGGGCUCUGCCGGGAGGGAUUAACCCGCACCUCGCCGCGGAUCACGUGGGGCCCUUCCGCUCCCCGCCCGGAGCGGAGCGGAGCGGAGCGCGGCGGCCGGGCCGGGGAGCGCCCGCCCGAGCCCGCCCGGCCCCGCUGCAGCCCGGCCCCGGCCCCAGCCGCCGCAGGAGCCCGCGGACGGCAGGAGGAUGCAGCGCCUGGCCGGCACGGUGGGGACGCUGCCCCGCGGGCGCAGGCAGGCCACCCUGUCCAGAUCCAGCUCCUCAGACUCCUCCACGCCGCAGAGGCACCUGGUGGCCAUUCUGAAAGAAGAUAAGGAGACGUUUGGGUUUGAGAUCCAGACUUUCAGGUUCCCGCGCCAGAAUGAUUUCUCGCUGGAGGUGUGCACGUGUGUCUGCAGGAUCCAGGAGGAGAGCCCUGCCCACCUCUCCGGCCUCCAGACCGGUAACUGUCCCUGGGUUUUCCUUUCUGCGGGGGUCCCGAUCCUGUUCCUGCCCGUGGCUGUUCCCGUGGGGCAGGCGGGGUGGGCACGGGCUGCUGGUGCCCACCCUGUGUCUCUGGCAGGCGACAUCCUCGCCAGCAUCAACGGCGUCAGCACCGAGGGCUUUGGUCACAAGCAGAUAGUGGACUUGAUAAAGUCGUCAGGCAACUAUUUGAGGCUAGAGACCGUCAACGGGGCCUUGCUCCUGAGGAAAAUGGAGCUGGAGAGCAAGCUGCAGACCCUCAAGCAGGCGCUGCACCAGCGGUGGGGGGAGCUGCGGGCGCUGCUGGCCCGGGAGCGGCUGCUGCUGCACGGGGAGGUGAACGACAACGCUCUGCUGGGCGCGCUGGAGCCGGCGGAGCCCAGCGCGGGCGGCGGCUGCGGCUCCCCGGGACCCUUCCUCCCGGGCAAGCCGCGCUUCUCCAGCGAGAGCAGCUCCCGCAGCCGCCUGAGCUCCAUGACGCUGGGCAGCGAGGACAGCUUCUACCGGGACAGCGCCUCCGAGGACUCGGCCGCGGAGAGCCUGAGCCGCCAGUCCAGCGUGGACGAUGACUGCGUUUUCCGCCGCGAUGGGGCCGCGGCCGCGGGCAGGGGCUCGCUGCGCAGGAACCGCAGCAUCAGCCUGGCCAGCAGCGGCUCCGCGUCCCCGCUCUGGGACAGCGGCAGCUGCUCCAGCAGCUUCGGGACCCUCCCGCGCAAGAGCCGCAGAGCCAGCGUCCGCAGGCAUCUUCUGAAAUUCAUCCCGGGCUUCCACCGGGCGGUAGAAGAGGAGGAGAGUCGGGUGUAAGGGCACGGCGUCGCCCUCGAAGCCCGGGGUGACCGUGGUGGCACCGCAGGGCACUCCCCAGGCAGCAGCUCUGAUGAGAGCCACACGGCUCCGCGGUUUUAAUUAUUUUCAUUUUUAAUCAGAGCACGCUGCGGACCUCUUCAUUAACGUGAAAAACGAGUGACUCCAAAAUGCAAAGAUCCUUUGCAGAACUUCCUCGGCGAACUUUGCUGUUAAUAGCAGUUUUAAUGGAAUGCGAAAUCGAUAGCUAUUUAUUUCCUGUCACCGGAGUCAGUGUCUUCCAGAGGUCUUUAAUAAAAUGAGUGCUUCUUCCAAAACCA